AUGCGUGCCGCUUUUUCCGUUCUGUCACUUUGCAUACGCCAUGCUAAUCGCCUUCUUUCUCACCUCCCUUCUCUGCUCCGUCCACUUGCUUCCCUCUUCUCCUCUCCUCCUGCCAGCAUCCCUCUUCCUCCUUCCCGCUGCCAGCACACCUUCAGGCCGGCAGCAGCAGAAAGCAUGGGGGAGCAGAGGAAGCAGCGUGAGCGAGUGGGAGAGGCGAGUGAACCAGCGCGACCGACCGUGCCGUCUCUGAGUGGUGCUGCGGCAGCAGGGGGAGUGUGCCGGCAAGGAGAGGCGCCCGGCCGUGUGGGUGCCGCACGCAUGCAAGGGGAGCACGCCUGCAUGCUCCUUCGACCCUCGUCAAUCCGGCUAAGCGAUCUCACUGAAAUGGACUGUGCACGCACCACUCACUCGCUCCCACUCGUGCCUUCCACUGCUUGCUUGCACUCUCGCCCUCCUCCUCCUCUCGCCGCUCUCAAGGGACCCUCCCCAGGUCAUCCCUCUCCCUGCUUUCCUCUGCCUACACCCCUCUGCCAGCACAUCUACAGGAAGGCAGCAGCAGAGUGCAUGGAGGAGCAGGAGAGUGGGAGAGGCGAGGGCGUGGGCGUGACGCUAGUGGAUGGAGCGAGUGGGAGAGGACGAGGGCGCGUGGAGCGAGGAGGAUGA